AUGUCGGAGUCGCCGCCCCCACCGUCAUGGAGCAUGGCCAGCAUGGCCAACAGUGCAGUCCAGUUCUUGCGAUUGCCUGUCCUGGCAUCUUCUGGAUUAGCGGUUGUUGCCAGCGGUCUUUUGUAUUUCAAGCAAAAUGAGCUCAUUUAUCCUCGCAAUGUCCCCGUGGAUGCGCGCACCAAUGUUCCCAGACCACAGCAGUUCGGCCUCGCAGACUACGAAGAUCUCCAAAUCCCCACUCCGGACGGAGAGUCGUUACAUGGCCUGUUCAUCCGUCCUUCUCGCAAACGCACGGCCCAAGAUGUCACCGUGUUAAUGUUUCAUGGAAAUGCCGGCAACAUCGGCCACCGGAUCCCCAUCGCAAAGGUCCUACAAGAUAUUCUAGGUUGCAAUGUGUUGAUGCUGGAAUACCGUGGUUAUGGUCUGUCUACAGGUACACCGGAUGAGACGGGCUUGAAAGUCGAUGCGCAGACAGGGCUGGAUUACAUCCGACAACGGGCGGAAACCAAAGACAGCAAGAUUGUCGUGUAUGGUCAGAGUCUGGGCGGGGCGGUAGCGAUCAAUCUAGUCGCCAACAACCAAGACAAUGGUGCGAUCGCAGGUCUUAUCUUGGAGAACACAUUCUUGAGUAUUCGCAAAUUGAUCCCAAAUGUCUUCCCCCCUGCUCGUUACCUUGCCCGUUUUUGCCACCAGUAUUGGACCAGCGAGGACGUUCUGCCUAAGAUCACGCAGGUGCCUAUACUAUUCUUGAGUGGAUUGAGAGAUGAGCUAGUCCCUCCAUCCAAUAUGACACAGCUCUUCGCUGUCUGCAACUCCGAACGCAAGAUUUGGCGCACGCUUCCUAAUGGUGGUCACAAUGAUAGUGUUGCCGAACCUGGUUAUUUCGAACACAUCCACUCCUUUGUGAUGGAGGAAGUCCUUGCGAAGGGCCAAUGA